AUGGUCGUCCACGGGCGUGUCGGCCCGCGCCCCCGCGGAAAUACCAGCCUGCUUCACAACGUCCAGGACAAAGUCGAGGGCCUGUUCGAGACCCGCGCCGGCGGCCUGCCCAUGUACAAGGACAAGCCCUACACGUAUGGAGCGUCGCGAAAAAUACGGCCCAUGUGGCGCCGGAGGAGGGUGUUGGCCUUUUUGGGGCUGGCGGCCCUCUUGACCCUCAUGUAUCUGAACGGCGCCUUUUCUCGCGAUCGGGAAGGCGAAAAGGGCUCCGUCUGGGGGCUCGGGUCGUUUAACGAGGCGCCAAAGGGCAAGGUCGAUUGGGAGAAGCGGAGGCAACAUGUCGUCGAUGCCUUUGAAAAGAGCUGGGAUGCCUACGAGAGAUAUGCAUGGGGUUACGACGAAUUCCACCCCGUUUCCAAGGGAAAGAGGCAAAUGGCCAAAGAUGGCCUCGGUUGGAUCAUUAUCGAUUCCCUCGACACCAUGAUGCUGAUGAACCAGACCAAGAGGCUGAGCCAUGCCCGAGAAUGGCUGCAGCAGACCCUGACCUGGGACCAAGACCAAGACGUCAACACGUUCGAGACGACGAUCCGAAUGCUCGGCGGGCUCCUUUCCGCCCACUAUCUCUCUACCGAGUUCCCCAACAUGGCCCCCGUCCCCGAAGAUGCCGGGGGUGAAGACCUCUAUCUGGAGAAGGCCAAGGACCUUGCCGACCGCCUGAUCGUGGCCUUUGACUCCCCUCCGACCGCGACCCUCCAGCUCGAGUUCAAGUACCUGGCGAAGCUCACCGGCGAAAAGUUUUACUGGGACAAGGUCGAGAAGGUGAUGCAGGUCAUCGACGAUAACGGGACCGAGGACGGGCUCGUACCCAUCUUCAUCUACCCUGAUUCCGGCAAAUUCAAGGGCCGCAACGUCCGGCUCGGCAGCCGCGGCGAUUCGUACUACGAGUACCUCAUCAAGCAAUACCUCCAGACGAACAAGGCCGAGCCCAUCUACGAGGAGAUGUGGACCCAGGCCCUCGACGGCGUGCGCCGCCACCUCGUCACGUACACGGAACACUCGGGCUUCACCAUCAUCGCCGAGCGGCCAGAGGGCCUCGACGCCCCGCUUUCUCCCAAGAUGGACCACCUCGCGCGCAAGCUCGCCACCUGGACGCGCAAGGACGAGGAGGACAUGAAGCUCGCCGCCGAGCUCACGCAUACCUGCUGGGCUACGUACAAGUACAUGGCCACCGGCCUCGCCGCCGAGAUCACCCACUUCAACGUCAACAAGCCCCCGCUCUCCGAGGGCGCCGCCCACCCGACCCCGCCUUCCACCCUCGACGGCGCCGACCUGGACGCGCCCUGGCGCGCCGACUUCAUCGUCAAGCCGGCCGACGCGCACAACCUCCAACGCCCGGAGACGGUGGAGAGCUUGGUGUACAUGUGGCGCAUCACCAAGGAUGUCAAGUACCGCGAGUGGGGCUGGGAGAUGUUUAUGAGCUUCAUGGACCACACCGCCGUGGAGGACGGCGGCUUCAGCAGCUUGACCAACGCGAACACGCUUCCGCCCGUCUCUCGCGAUAACAUGGAGAGCUUUUGGUUGAUCGUCUUCAACACCGAAGCCCAUCCCUUGCCGCGCUUCGAGAUGGGCCGACUCUUUUCCACUGGUUGGAACCGCAAGCCCCGCGACCGAUUCGGCAAGAUUGUCCAGACCGCCGGCGCCGAGGGCACCGAGGGCACCGAGACCCAGGGCGGGGCCUAA